AGAUUUGUUUCUGUGUCAGCAGCGGGGUCUUCCUGGGUCUCCCACCACAGCGUGCCUUUUUAUUCAGAUGGCGACUGAUAGUGCGAGCUGACACUGUUGUACCCUGCGUCUGCAGGCAGAUCGGCUCCGGUGCCAUGGGCUGUAAACUUCUUCACAAUGUUGCGGACAGUGGACACAGGACAUUAAGAUCUCUGGAGAUGGACUUGUUGUCUUGAGAUUGUCCCUGCUUUUUUUUUUUGGUUCUCAAAUCCUCAGACAACUCUUUACUGUUCUUUCUGUUGUCCGUGCUCAGUGUGGUGCACACAGACACACAACACAAAGGCUGAGUCAACCUUUCUCCAUUUGAACUGGUUAAGUGUGAUUUCCAUAUUGCCAGCACCUGUGAAUUGCUGCAGUGAUCACAGAGUGGAGCGAGCUGCAUUUCACAUCCAAGAGGGCCAAUGGUACAACUGUUUGUACAUCAACUGUCGCACACAGUUCUUCUCCAUCUUUGCAUUAGUAUUACUUCAAGCUCCUUGGUGGAGUUCUAAAGAGAGGGAUGACCAGCUGCAGUGACAGUGAUGAGGGAGCAGAAAAACCCAACAAGAACCAGAAGAAGAAGAGAAGAAAAGGAGAAAAGCAUGUGUCUUUCCCCCCUGAUGAACAGAUAGUAUCCGGCUUUGCUGAGCACAGGAACACGACCAGAAAGGUUGACAGCUGCCUCACCUUGACAGAGGUAAUGGCGGCCUACGAGCAGAGCUGCAGCAGACACCAGGUCCAACCCAGAGCGCACAUCCUGCAACAGCUCCAGCAGGGUGUGUGUGUAGGUGGCAGUGUGAAAUGUCUGGAUCUCAAAGGUGAGCGAUUAGACCACCGCUCCUGUGAAGCUCUGGAAGCCGUCCUGAAAUCGCUGCACUUUGAUUUCAUCAAUCUGCAGGCAGCCCAACUGGAAGAAAAUGGAGCAUCGUCCUUGCUGGAUAUGAUUUUGUACUAUGAAUCUACAACCCAUCUUGACAUUUCUGACAACAGCAGUAUGGGAACAUCGUGUUGGAGGGCCCUCGCUCAUUUGAUAAAGCAGAGUGUGCGUCUGUCCAGACUGGAUGUGAGUAAUGUGCCGUUGGUAGACUACCCAGCUCAGUCUCUAUCUAAAGCUCUGCUGACCAGCCGGCUCACAGUGCUGCACCUUCACAAUGCCCAGCUCAGCGGCAUGCCACUAUACACACUGGUUGGUGCACUGAAGUCAAACAAGGCUUUGCGAGAGCUCCACCUUACCAACAACCUGCUGAACAGCUACCAGGACGCCCUGCAUCUAGGAGACUUGCUACGCUACAACACCACCUUACAGACACUGGAGCUCAGCAACAAUGCUUUGGCAGAUGCUGGUUUAGAGGAGCUGUGUGACGGUCUGAGGCGACAGACAGCAGGUCUGAAGGUCCUGCUGCUGAGGAACAACCAGAUCACUGCAAAAGGCAUGGUCCAUCUGGCCGAGGCCCUGCCAGCGCUGAAGGUCCUGCAGGUCCUGGAUUUGGGUGAGAACCUCCUGGGAAACGAGGGGAUCCAGGUCAUAAGGGAGCCUCUGAUGGUGAACUGCUCAGUGCUGCAGCUCAGCCUGGCCCAAGCCAAUAUCAGCUGUGAAGGUGCUGUGGCGUUGGCAGAGUUCCUCGCAGAGAGUCGUCAGAUUCAGCGGCUGGACCUCCGUCAGAAUGAGGUGAAGGUUGGAGGCCUGAUGGCCUUGUGUCUGGCCCUGAGGAUCAACCACUCUCUUGCUAGCCUGGAUUUGGACCACAUACCCCUACAGGAGCAAGAUGAGUUUCUGAUGGAGACUCAGACAAGGCUUCGGUCAGAGAUCACCCGGCACUGCCUCGCCAACGUCAGCCGCUCCCACCUCGCCAUGGAAACCUGUGAGACAUUACCCGCCGAGGCCGACGAACGAGCUGACAGCGCGGCCACAGCCUGAGCUCCCACACCCAGCACACAGAGGAGGGAAAAUGGUUAACCUUGUACAGAUCACCUCAGAAACCACUCAUGGAUUCAGUCACACAGACGCUGUCUCCCAGAGUCCCAAACCCAAACAGCUGACUAGCAGAUAUAUGCGAAUAAUAAUUCUAUCGCAAAUAAUGAUAACCAUAAAACUCCAAAUCCGGGUAAUAAAGGCGGAGCAGAGCUCCCUAAUGAAACGCCGCCUCCCUGCUGUUUCCCGCCUAAUGUUCCCGCCGAGCCGCUCGCCACUUUCCAUAAAGCAAUUUUGCAAGCCCACUUCAAACGUGAAUCACCUAGAAUUGAGGAGAACUGCCCUCCUCACACCCCACCCUUCUGAACUCCCCCACCAUCACCCCUCCCCUUCCUACAACACUCACAACUGCUCUGUGUGUCUGUGUCGCAAAUCCCUGUUUGCUUGUGUUCCAUCAUCACUUAAUGUUCACAGUGAUGCAUUGCGGGACACUCCUCCGAGGUGCGCGUGUGUGUGUGUGUGCGCGUGUGUGUGUGUGCGUGUGUGUGUGUGUGUGUGUGUGUAGGGAUGUAGCAUCAUUACUCUGACAUUGGUAGCAGCCAUGGACUCAGCCAAGUUCCAUCUGCAUUAAUCAGCUGAGAAGCACAGGCAGGCAGACGUUCGACAGCAAUACAAUGUGGAACAACUGAGCCCAGUGCAUCCAGCUACAGUAAACAGGGCUGUGAGGUGUCUGUCAGAAGGCCUGCAGGGUUGUUCUUUUCACUGGUUUGCUGCUUAAUGUUGUCAAUUUAGCAAACUAUAAGCCUUUGUGAACAGGCUACACUAACGCUGCGGCCAGACUGCAGGCCAAAAUGACCUAAAUCCAGUUAUUUUGCUCAUAUGUGACUAAGACCUGAUCUUUUUUUAACAGUGUGAACAGGUCAAGUAACAUGGAAUCUGAUCUUUUCCAGUUCAGACUUUCAUUUGUGGUCCAAAUCCACUGUGGAUGAAUGAAAAAGCUCCACAAAAAGACAUUAUCAACAUGUGACUCUUUUUCUUGUUCGCAUCGCUGUCAUCUGCUCACAAAUUCCCUUUCUCACACCUGAAAUCCACCUGACCGCGAGCUCUCUUCUGAGUUACUACUAGCUGCUACUUGUGUCUGUGCCGACAUAGCGGAAAGAGAGAGAGAAUGGGAGUGAGUUGCAGGCAGUUACGUUGUACAGCGCCAGAAACUGUAAUGAAAAGAACAGAAAGUU